AGGCGAUCGGUUCAGUUUGCCGUGGGAUCUAGCUGCCGCCGGACGUGGUUGCAAUAACGGUACCCAGUAGCAAAAUCAGUGGCAACUAAGUAGAGGGAGUGGAUGGUCGGGGCACGAAAACGAGAGUCAGAAAUUAGCACAGAUUGCCAGAUGUGAGAAAGAAGCACCAGAUAUCCAGAUAUUUUAGCAGAUAUACAAGUUAACAGAUUGCUUAGAGCGUAGGGCACACAAGUGCGCGGAGCAAUACCGCAAUAAUAAGUGGCGCAAUCGGUUCGGAGUGAUGUACAGAUUGUUAAUUAUUUGGGUGGCAUGAGUUAGUGGCGCUCUUUAUCCAUCUCCGCGAAAAAGUAAUUGACCCCCUUAAAGGGGGGCGGAUCCCAUCGGCAGCCGGAGCCAGCUGAAGAGCCUCUUGCUUAGCGCACUUGGACGCAACCAAAAGUUUAUUAUUGUUUGUGCCACGCCACGGGAGUGUAAACAAAAACGGCGGUCAGAACUGGCGCGGCGAGAUGGAGAACGUGCGUUUUUCCAUUAUUGAAAACGACUUAAAAUGGAACUCGGAGAGCGACCAGGCGGCAGAGGUGGACUUGCUUUUAGACAAAAGGAGCAUCUCCAGCGAAACAAACAGCGCAGGUGUCUUUAGCGACGAGGCACACGAGAUUUACGCGCGCCAGCAGCAGAAUCAGAUUCUUUGGGAGCUCGAGGAGAUUGAGGAAACCUUGGCGUCGUCGCCGGGCGGAAAACAUGUCCUGGAAAUGGUUCGGUCUGGUUGUUUUUUGGAACUUAUAUCCGACUCUGGCGACUGCAAUCUAGCUCUCAUCUGCUGCUCGGCGUUUGGCAAUGUGGAUAACAUAUUUUUCCUGUUGGACCACUACAGCGCAGAUCCCAACGUGGUGGAUAGCAAGGGACGGACUCCUUUGCACUUUGCUUGCUACCGCGCAAACGCCCCCAUUGCCAAAAUGCUGCUUGACCACGGCGCCGACCCGAAUCGCUGGGAUGCCAAAAAGGAGGUGACUCCGCUGCACUGUGCGGCCAGUUCCAAGAGCGUGGAGUGCAUCCUCCUGCUGCUGCGGCGCAAGGCGAACAUCAACAUUGGCAUUGAGAAGCGCUCUGCCCUGCACUACGCAAUCGAUGUUAACGCGGUGGACUGCGUCGAGAUACUGUUGAGAUAUGGGGCCGACCCCAACACCCCACAGGUCUACACGGAGACGCCUCUGCACACGGCCAGCGCCAGCGGAUUCGCCAACUGUGUCCAGUUGCUUCUCAACCAUAACGCCGACGUGCGAUCGCAGUUCGGCGAGGGAAAGGUCACGGCUCUGCACUUGGCUGCGGAGAACGACUACGUGGAGUGUGCUCGUCUGCUCUUAGAGCACGGGGCUGAGGUGGACUGUCGCAAUGCCAGCCACCAGACACCAUUGCACCUGGCCUGCCUUUCGCAGUCCAUCGGCACGGUGGACAUACUUAUUGCGUACGGAGCCAAUGUGAACGCAGUCUACCGUGAUGGGAGAACGGCUCUGCAUGCAGCCAUCGUAAAGCAGUCGCGGUGUUUGGACUGCUGCAAUGCACUGCUCAAGGCAGGGGCGGAUGUCAACAAGGCAGAUAGCUAUGGUUAUACUCCCCUCCACAUUGCAGCCUUGAAUGAAUUUAGCAGUUGUGUGUAUACAUUUAUAGAGCACGGCGCGGAUAUUACUGCCAGGACCGAUGGACACGUCUCUGCACUAUCGUUCAUAGUGCGGCGCACGCCUGAGAUAAUACCCAAGCUAAUGCAGAAACUGGACCGCUCCAUAAAGGCGAACGACCAUGAAAUAGGGGACGUUGAUUGUCAAAUAAAGUUGGACUUCAGGCUUUUGGUUCCCAGUUCUUCGAUGGAGCGUGGGGAAACGGAGCUGCUUCUCUCCCUGAUAGAGGUUGGUCAGAAACGCAUCCUAAUGCACCCGCUAUGCGAGACGUUUCUCUUCCUCAAGUGGCGCCGCAUUCGCAAGUUCUUCCUGAUGAGCCUGGCCUAUCACACGCUAUUCGUUCUUCUCUUCACGCUCUACGUCAUCCGAGUAUACGUGCGCAGUUGCAAAGAGGGAGAGGUAUGCAUGGCGCCUGGGUACGUCACGACCAUCGGAUACCUGGUGAUCAUGCUGAACCUUAUCCUGCUGGGCAAGGAGGUGUUCCAGAUGGCCCACGGUCUGCACGGCUAUGCAAAGUACUGGGAGAACUGGCUACAGUGGACCAUAGUCUUCGGAGUGCUGUUGUGUGUUUCCCCAGAGAUACUACGAACUGGCGAUUUGCUGGCUGUGCCGGUGUGGCAGCAUCAUGUGGCAGCUGUGGUGAUUUUGUUGGUUUGGCUCGAGCUAAUGAUGUUGGUGGGCCGAUUUCCCAUAUUUGGGGUUUACGUUCAAAUGUUUACCAAAGUGGCCGUUAACUUUGCGAAAUUCCUGCUGGCUUACAUAUGCCUUCUAGUGGCAUUUGGUCUCAGCUUUGCCGUGCUCUUCAACGAUUAUCCGGCCUUUGAAAACAUAACGUGGUCCUUUUUAAAGUCCAUCACAAUGAUGUCCGGCGAGCUAGAGUUUGAGGACAUAUUCUAUGGGGACUAUGCCGUGAAGUUUCCGGUCACAGCUCACAUCAUAUUUCUGUCCUUUGUGCUGCUCGUGACGGUGAUCCUCACGAAUUUAAUGGUGGGGUUGGCCGUCAGUGACAUCCAAGGCCUGCAAGUUAGCGCGACGCUGGAUCGUCUGGUGCGUCAGGCGGAAUUGGUUUCACGCCUAGAAAGUCUCUUCUUCUCGCGCCUGCUGCGCAGUGCACCCACUAAUCUGAUCCAGCUCUGCAAGCGGAGUGCUCUGUUGCGCACCUCCCGGGACAAACUCCAGUUUACUAUCCGACCCAACGACCCACGAGACAAUCAGCUGCCCGAGGACAUCAAGUUGAAUGUCUACAAACUAGUGGCAGAACGGCGCGACAGGAACCAGAGCCUUCGGCGUCGCCAGUUCGAGGAAAACUAUAGUAUCUUUAGCCGCAGUUUGCAGCGUCAGCAGGAACCGCUCCAAAGGAACUCUCUCCAACAGGAACCAACCGUGGCGACCACCUACAAGCCAUCCCAGAAUAUCAUCCAAAUGCAUGAGCUACUGCGGCCCAGAUCCGCCACAAACGUGCCGCAGCAGCUGCGCCAAGAAAACGAGGCAACCGUUCAACUGAAGAACCAGACAAAUGGCCUUAAUGUCGUGCAAGCCGAGGUACGGGCGAUUAAGGCCCAGCUGGGUGAACUGGUAGCGAAGUUUGAGCGUUUUUCGGAAAACGCCACCCGCAAACUAAAUUACAGUGCCGACGAACUAUGCCGGCUCCGGCAACAAGGUCAGUCCCUGGCCUCCGGUCAUAACCGUCACCAGCGCUAA